ACCUCAAAUUUUGUUAAGAGGAUUUGCAGGCCAAAGAUAGUAUCUUUUUAUAGGCUAUCAAAAAUCUUGUAAUCAUCAUCACAUAUAUUUUACAGUAGUACCCUGCAAAAUCUUUCUAAAAAAUGUCUCAUUCUCUGUGUUGUACCCCUCUUGCCUCAUUGAGUUCUUCAACCAAACCAGGGCUCAUUGGAGGAAAUUCUAGAGCCCCAAAAGUGAUUUUUAUCAACAAUUUGACUAAUCAGAAGUCAAAAUCUGAAAGAUUUCAAACUUUGGAAGUCAAGGCUAGCACCGACGAUACAAAAAGUGUCACAAAAGUAAACAGUAUAGUAUGUAGUGCUUGUGAGGGAAAUGGUGCUAUACAAUGUACACAAUGCAAAGGACAUGGAGUAAACUCAGAAGAUCACUUCGGUGGACGAUUCAAAGCUGGUGGUUUAUGCUGGCUCUGCAGAGGUAAAAAGGAGAUUCUUUGUGGAGACUGCAAUGGAGCUGGAUUUACAGGCGGGUUCAUGAGCACUGCUGAUUCAUAAAAAAAAUAAUUCCGUUUCUAUAAUGCUCUAUAAAUCAGUUUUGUUCGUUCUAAAUGCUGUAGACCUAUAUAUAGUGAACAGCUAAUGUGUUACACUGCAGUGUUAUGCUGCUGCUUCUUGCGAAACACUAAAACUCGGUUUAUUUAAAUUCAUUCGUUCUGUAAGUGUAAGUUAAUAGUAGUGAAUUUUCACCUUA